CUUCCCGCUUCCGUUCCCUACAAAAAUUGUCACGGAUCUACCAAUAAACCCCACAAGGAUACUACUUCGCGAGGCGCUUCUCCCUGACUUCCGUGCUAUCUCGCGAGCGAUUCCGGCGCUGCCUCGCGACCCGAGCUCUCCAGGAUCCCCCGCUCUCCUCUUCGGUCUACUGAUCUGAAAUCUCUGCGCUGCAUCGCCUGUUUGUGCCUUGAUUUGCUUGUCCGCGUCGUUGAUUUCGCUGUGAUUUCUUGAUCUUUGGUGGAAUUCCCUUACGUUCGGAUUAUCUUCCCCUGUUGGUUUUCUUAUCGAUUCAUCUUUGGUGGAAUUCCUUUGCGCCCGUGGUUUUUUUCCUUUCUUUUGUGAGGUAUCUUGAUCUUUGGGGGAAAUUUCUUUGCGUUUGGAUUAUUUUCGCCUUUUGGUUUCUUGUCGGUUCCCGGUUUGAGUUGUUCGUUGGCGUGAAAAUUUUCCUCUUUCUGAUUCGUCAGCGGGUGUUGAUUUCGGAUUGUUUUUGGAUCGAUUUGUUCGUCUGCGCUGAUCUUGUUCGUGUUGGAUUCAUCUCUUCUUCUUGUUGUUGUUGCUGCGCUGUGCCCUGUGUAUUGUUUCUGCCUUUGCUUCUGACCCAUGGAUGCAGGUUCGCGCUCGAUCUCAUCGGAGAAGAACAUGCGAUAUGCGGCGCCGCGACCGCCGCUCCAGGAGGCCGGAUCCAGACCGUACAUGCCGUCGCUGAGCACGGCGUCCCGCAACCCGUCAGCCAAGUGCUACGGUGACAGAUUUAUUCCGGACAGGUCGGCGAUGGACAUGGACAUGGCGCACUACCUGCUGACGGAGCCGAGGAAGGACAAGGAGAACGCCGCGGCGUCCCCGGCCAAGGAGGCGUACCGGAAGCUGCUGGCCGAGAAGAUCCUCAACAACCGCACCAGGAUUCUCUCCUUCCGCAACAAGCCGCCAGAGCCCGAGAGCAUCCUCACCGAGCUCCGUGCUGACGCGGCUUCCCUCCAAGCCAAGCCGGCCAAGCAGCGCCGAUACAUUCCCCAGUCCGCCGAGAGGACUCUGGAUGCUCCAGAGCUCGUUGAUGAUUACUACCUCAACCUGCUGGACUGGGGAAACAGCAAUGUGCUGUCCAUUGCUCUGGGAAAUUCGGUGUACCUCUGGGAUGCCUCGAUUGGUUCUACGUCUGAGCUCGUCACCGUUGAUGAGGACGAUGGCCCUAUCACCAGUGUUAGCUGGGCUCCCGAUGGCCGGCAUAUCGCCAUCGGUCUCAACUCCUCUGAUGUCCAGCUCUGGGACACCAGCUCAAACCGACUGCUAAGGACAAUGCGAGGUGUGCACGAUUCGAGGGUCGGUUCACUGGCAUGGAACAACAACAUCCUCACAACUGGUGGAAUGGACGGCAAGAUUGUGAACAAUGAUGUGAGGAUUAGGAACCAUGUUGUGCAGACAUACCAGGGGCACAAUCAGGAGGUGUGUGGCCUGAAGUGGUCAGGAUCAGGGCAGCAGCUUGCCAGUGGUGGCAACGACAAUCUACUGCACAUCUGGGACGUGUCCAUGGCAUCCUCUAUGCCGUCUGCCGGCCGAACCCAGUGGUUACACAGGCUUGAGGAUCACUUGGCUGCUGUAAAGGCUCUCGCGUGGUGCCCGUUCCAGAGCAACCUGCUGGCAUCUGGUGGUGGUGGUAGUGACCGGUGCAUCAAGUUUUGGAACACACAUACCGGCGCAUGCCUCAACUCGAUCGACACUGGGUCACAAGUGUGUUCGCUGGUCUGGAACAAGAAUGAGAGAGAGCUGCUAAGCUCACAUGGAUUCACUCAGAAUCAGCUCACGUUGUGGAAGUACCCUUCGAUGGUUAAGAUGGCUGAACUCACUGGCCAUACCUCUCGUGUCCUUUUCAUGGCUCAGAGCCCUGAUGGCCUCACAGUAGCAUCUGCUGCAGCAGACGAGACCCUGAGAUUCUGGAACGUAUUUGGAACACCUGAAGCACCCAAGACAGCAACCAAGGCUUCCCACACUGGGAUGUUCAACAGUUCCAACCAUAUUCAUAUUCGUUGAGGAACAGAGUACCUUGGUUCUGUCGUCGAGCCAUAACUGAUAACUCGUAAAGAAGCAGGCUUGGUGUGCAGGGUCAUUGCGUCACAGGAGCUGACGCUAGGCAGAAGAUAUCAUCAUACAUUACAUGCAGAAGAAUUCAUCCCAAAAGAAAAGCAGAAGAAUUUAAUUUUGGCGCGUUUGGUGUAAAUGGUUUUCUAGUAUGUUGAUAACUUGUUUUUAUGUACAUCAAGACCUGUUUGAUGUAAAGAGAAUUUAAAAAUAUAGAUUUUCUGUCGGUAACAUACUUGCUCUUCUUUUCUUUGGUUGUCAACCAGCAAGAGCAUCCCCAGCCGCACAUAUAUCCCAUUCUCCAUCCAAAAAUAGAUAAUAAAGAGUAAAA